CGCGGUAUAUUCUUUGCAAAUAAUUCCAAGUCCUCGGAUUUCCGGGUUUUUCCUUGAUUCCCCCGGAUUGUAUUGGAUUGGCUUAGGGCGGCCGGCGAUGGACUACCAGUACUUCGAGGAGGAAUCGGACUACAUUGAUCUGGACGAGGAGGAGGAGUAUGACGACGUGGAGACGGCCGGCAGCUUGGACCACAGGUUUGGGCAGCCGAACAGCGAGGAUGACUACUAUUUCGGCGGGGAGGAUGAGAUGGAGGAGCUGGUGGUAGAUGGACACGGAGUCCUGGAGCUGGCCGGGCGACUCCUCGAAAGUCUGCAGAGUUGCGUGCAGCCAUCUGCGCUGCAGGUCAUGCAGUAUGUGGCGCCCAUGCUGCUCCUUUGCCUCCUGUGCCGCCUGCUGUGCCUCCUCUACUCGCAGCGGAGACGCCUCACCAGCCUGGCACCGCUGCACUUGAUCCACUUCGCCUGCGGCUUGAUUACACUGCAGUUAACUGUGGGCUACCGACUGCUUCUACUGCUCCUGCUGGCCGCCGUGGGCUACCUGCUGCUCCAGCUGCUGCGGCUGGGACGAAGAGGAGCUCAAGUUCUGGCCGUGCUAACCGUGGGCAGCCAGUUCCUGUACGAGCUGCUCAUUUGGCGGCGGCGCAGUGAUUGGCCACAGCUGCGCGGCAUCCAGAUGGUGGUCAAUAUGAAGCUCAUCUCGCUGGGCUUCGACCUGACCGCCAGUGGGCAGCUGCAGGCGAGGAUACCGGGUCCGUUUGCCUACCUGGGCUACAUCUACAGUCCGGCCACCUGCGCCUUGGGGCCCUGGGUGAGCUUCGGCUGCUACAUGGACUGUCUGGUGCCCCGGAACAGCUGGCUGGUCAGCCUGCGUCGCCUCUUGCCCAACGUGCUGUUCUGCGUGCUGGCCGUGACCGUGUCCAAUUGCCUGGCUCCGGCGCUGAGUGACUUCUUCGGGGACAGCUCGCACUUCCUGGUCAUGUACUGGGACGCACUGAGUGUGCGCAGCAGCCACUACUUUGUGGGCAUCAUGGCGCAGGCGCUGCUGGUGGCCUCCGACCAACGACUGGACGGUGCCACCAAGGAGUCGGACAUGCUGGGUCCGCUGAUCUCGCAGCCCUGGCGCAUCGAGUGGCCGCGCUCGAUCAGCUCAUUGGUCCGGAGCUGGAACAUUCCCAUGCACGAGUGGCUCAAGCGGUACAUCUACGCGCCCUGCAAGCCCACCGCGUCCAGCUCGAGGGGACGCACCCUGCUGGCCGUGCUCUGCACCUAUCUGGUGUCCAGCCUGCUGCACGCCAUGGAUCUGCGCAUCUACCUGGUGCUCAUCUCGCUGGCGCUCCUGGCCGAGGGUGAAUCGCUGCUCAGGCGGCAGCUCGCCAGCCUCCUGAACGCCUGCGUCACUGCCAAUCUGUGUCCGGGCAAGGAGCGAUGUUGGUAUAGCCACUGCCCCAGCAAACGACGAUUGAACUCCCUGUCCUACUGGCUGGUGAGGCUGACCAAUCUGUCAUUCACGGCGCUGGCCAUCUUCCACCUGGCCUAUCUGGGCGUCGUGCUGCUGGGCGAUGGCCUGGAGGUCGGCGAGGAUGGCGACUCCUUUCUGUGGCACUGGCAGCAGGCUGGCUAUCUCAGCCACUACAUCGGCUUGGGCACCUUCGUCCUUUACCUGUUCAUCUCGUAGACUCCGCAGGAUCCUGCCGGCAAAUACUCGCUAUGACUGAUCUACACGUAUUUAUAAUUGUAAUCCCAAGCGCAUCCGCUUGUUCUUUUUUUAUCUUGUAUCUAUAUUCGUAUCUUGUAGUCUGUGUGCUGUGUGAGUACUUAAUAUUAAAGCAUUCUGUGAAACGGA